CAUCAGUCAGUCAGUCAGCCCGCAGCGUGCCGGACAUCUGAACCGCUUCACAUCAGAUCAGACGGAUUAUUCAACUAAUAUUUCAGAGGGAAUCCACUGGAUGUGUAUCUGACCUGAGUCUUGACAAGCCUGCUGUCUGCAGUUCCAGAGGAUCUUUACUGUCCUCCAGCUGCGUGUAUGGAGAGGCAGGCGGUGCAGCGGGCCAGGGAGGCCUUCCUGAGCGGCCGGACUCGGCCUGUGGAGUUCAGACAGCAGCAGCUUCACGCUCUGCAGAGGAUGAUCACUGAGAAAGAGACCGAGAUCUCCACCGCUCUAAAACAGGACAUCAACAGGAGCCAGUAUGACACACCGCUCUUGGAGCUGAUUGGCAUUGAGAAUGAGAUCAAGCUGGCUAUAGAGAAGGUGGCAGAGUGGGCGGCUCCUCGGCCGGUAGAGAAGAACCUCCUCACCAUAUCAGACGAGGUUUAUGUGCAGCCGGAGCCUCUGGGAGUGGUGCUCAUCAUCGGGGCCUGGAACUACCCCUGGGCCGUCACCCUCCUGCCCCUGAUUGGAGCUAUCGCUGCUGGCAACGCAGCUGUGGUGAAGCCGUCCGAGCUCAGCGAGUACUCGUCCCUCCUCCUCCGGGCUCUGCUGCCUCGCUAUUUGGACAAGGAUCUGUACCAGGUUGUAACAGGUGGAGUGCCAGAGACACAAGAGCUGCUGAGGCUUAGGUUUGACCACAUCUUCUACACAGGCAGCGGCACCGUGGGUAAAGUAGUGAUGGAGGCUGCAUCUCGCCACCUCACCCCAGUGACCCUGGAGCUGGGAGGGAAGAGCCCCUGCUACAUCGACAAGAACUGUGAGAUCAGGGUCGCCUGCCGUCGUAUCACAUGGGGAAAGUUUGUGAACUGCGGUCAGACGUGCAUCGCUCCAGACUUCAUCCUGUGUGAACCGUGCAUCCAGGGACGAGUAGUGGAAUGCCUCCGACAAACUCUCCUGGAAUUUUACGGAGCUGAUCCCAAAUGCUCGCCAGACUACGGCCGAAUCAUCAACCAGCGUCAUUUCAACAGAGUCAUGGGUCUGAUGGAGGGUUACACCCCUGUGGUGGGAGGACAGAGUGAUGCCUCACAGCGCUACAUUGCCCCGACAGUGCUGAAGGAUGUACCACCUCACUCCAGGCUCAUGCAGGAUGAGAUUUUCGGCCCCUUGUUGCCCAUAGUGACAGUGAGUGACAUGGAUGAUGCCAUUCGCUUCAUCAACGAGAGAGAGAAACCUCUGGCGCUCUACAUCUUCUGCUCUGAUAAGAAGGAAGCAAAAAGGAUGAUUAAGGAGACCACAAGUGGAGGAGUGACAGUCAAUGACGUUAUGAUGCACUAUACGCUCAGCUCGCUGCCGUUUGGUGGUGUUGGUCAGAGUGGUAUGGGCCGCUACCAUGGUAAACACAGCUUUGACCAGCUGAGCCACCAGAGGGCGUGCCUGGUCCGCUCUCUGGGUAUGGAGAGCGUCAACCUGUCCCGGUACCCUCCUCAGGACCGCCGGCGUGCGCGCAGGGUGCGGAUGGCCCUCAAGUCCCCUCUGAUCGACAUGUCCAAGAGGACGUUCAUCUGGGCCGUCGUUGCCACCAUCAUCGGCUUUGGCCUGUUCGUCACCCUGCUGGUCAUCCUGCUCAUAGCUGCAGGCCUCAACUGUACCUGCUGGUACUGGAGAGGCUUCUAUAACUAGAGACACUUAGUCACACCUACCCUGAGAAGAAGGAGAAGAAGGAGAAGAAGAAGAAGAAGGAGAAGAAGAAGAAGGAGAAGAAGAAGAAGAAGAAGAAGAAGAAGAAGAAGAAGAAGAAGAAGAAGAAGAAGAAGAAGAAGAAGAAGAAGUGCCUGCUGCAAAGAUUUCCAUGUUCUAAAAUCCUGUUUUGUAUUCAGAUAUUUUAAAGAUAAAAAUAAGAUAAGCUUUUACUCUAACUUUUAUUUGCUGUCCAUCUAUUUUGUAUUAGAGUUCCUCCCUUAGUGACGAGACAAACAAACUUAAACACCCGAGUCCUGUUCUGCAUUCUUCAUUAUUGGAGCUUAACAUUGACUUUGUGAGGACAUGUGUAUAUUGCUUGUUGUUCCAGAAUAAAAUAUUUAGAUUUUA